CGCCUUCUUGACAAACAUAUAACCCGAGUUUGGUGGGGGGUGGAAGAGGGAAAAUCUAAGAUCCGUUGGAUUUCUUGGAGGAAUGUGUAAAAGCAAGCAUGAAGGGGGCAUGGGGUUUCGCCGCUUGGAACAUUUCAACCAAGCAUUGCUUGCGAAAAUUGGUUGGCGUAUCCUUGAGGAACCCCAGUCCCUUAUUGCCCAGGUGUACAAAGGUAAAUACUUCCCCAGUGGGACGUUUCUCACUGCCCAGGCCCGUUCUUGUCCCUCAUGGGGGUGGCAAAGUAUCCUUUUUGGCCAUCAAUUGUUGGAAUCAGGGUUGCGAUGGCAAAUUGGUAAUUGUCAGAAGGCUCCUCUGCUAACAUCCAGUUGGAUUCCCCAGCAACAUCCCCUUCACCCAGUCUAUAAUCCGUGCGUGGUUCCUGAUGGUGAGGGUUUGAAGGUAGAAGAGGUGAUCCAACAAGGGGAGGGACGAUGGGAUGAUAAAAAACUCAGUCAAUGGUUUGAUCCAGUUACCUGUAAAGCCAUUAAGACCAUCCCUUUGUCGCGGCAGAAUAUUGAAGAUAAAUUGAUAUGGCAUCCGACUUCUGAUGGCAUUUUCACGGUUAAAUCUUCAUACUACGUCGCGGUGAAUUUGGAUCGUCAAAAUGGUCGUUGGAGGGCUUUGGCUAGUUGGAUGGAUAAGCCAGAGUUGGAGGCGGAUAUUCCUCCGAAGCUUAGGGUGUUUGUCUGGCAAGUGUUGCAUAGAAUUCUUCCAACUACGGAAGCGUUGCGCGAAAAGAAGGUGGACGUUGUGCCUCGUUGUCCGGUGUGCUGGGAGGCUUUGGAAACUCUGGAACAUAUGUUCUUGGAGUGUCCAGUGGCUCGUGCUUUAUGGGAUCAUUCUAGGCUGGCGCACCUGGGUGAAGAUUUGCCUCGCCAUACGUUCCCGCUCUUUUUGAAGAAAUUGCUGGCUGUGGUGCAUAGCCCUGCUUUGGUGAUGUCUGUAGUGGCUGUUCUGUGGCGGAUUUGGCGAUCCCGUAAUUGGGUGGUCUUUGAAGGCAAACAGUUUGGGAUCCCUGCCUUAAUGCGGCAAUUCCACCAACAAGUCCAGGAAUGGCUUAGCUUACCACGGGACCAGACUGAUCAGCUUGCGCCCCCCGGCCCCUACCGUAACAUAUGAUGGAGCUGACAGGACAUUUUGUAUGUGGGAUGGGGUUAUGCGGUUGGGAUCUCAUGCGGCGGCGGGGGGGGGGGGGGGGGGGGGGGGGGGGGGAUGGUUAUCCUCAAUUCUGAUAGAGCGGUCAUCCUUGCGAAGGGGGUUCAUUUCCCGUACCUUGGUGAUCCAAUGAUGGUUGAAGCUCUGGUCCUCAGGGAGGCGAUUGGCUGGUGUUUGGAAAAUGGAUUCACGGUCAUGAGGUUUGAAGGUGAUGCCCAGGUGAUAAUUGAGAAGAUUCUCCGGAAGGAUGUUCGGGAUAACCGGAUAGGGGCAAUUCUGGAAGAGAUAGUCAAUUUGUUUGCUUCAAACAUAGGUUUCACUGUACGAUUUGUAGGUCGACGAAACAAUAUGGUAGCUCAUUUGGUAGCUCGACAGGCCCUGUCUUUGUUCCCAACUACAUGUCGAUCUUUUGAUUUCCAAGCCUGGUUGAAUUCCAGGAUGUAACGAUCUAUUGGUUUCAAUCUAUAUGAUUAUCUUUUGUAAAAAAAAAUCCUAAACAAUAAAUAGGAUGCCGAAAC